CUCUGCUGGUCAUUCCAGGUUGUCUCGGAUCUGAGGAGGCUUGGCAACGGCAACAAGUGGCUUCGGCUUCUACGUCUCUGCUGCUGUGUAGGUGUCCUCAGCCAUGUCGGGAACCUGACGGCGAGAAAUAUUCGAGGAAGAAGAUUUAUUGACGCGCUUUCGGCUCCUUCUGGGAAAAGGCACCCAGUUUAACGGGAGAGCUGAGGGGAGCAGAGACGAGGAGCCAUCCCAGUCAUUACCACAGCACAGCCACAAUUUAGCCUGGCACGAAGCCGAAAGAUGGGCCAUCUCCUCCCGCAAGACGCCAACAUGUUGCUUUUUAAUUCUCCCAUUUAAGAGCAUUAGGAGUCUUGUGGGUUAACAGGUGCUAACGCAGCAGUGGCCAUAUGUGGCAGCCAGCUUCUGGAGGUUUUUUGGGGAAAUUAGCUGCUCACCUUUUUCCAGUGUUAAUUUAAGUUCCCUCGUCUUUUUUUGUACCAGGCAUCUAAACAUGUACGAGGUGGACACUAUGGGUGACCAUAACUUGGGUUCCAGACUCACUGACCGAGAUGAUCCACUGAUUUAUGACUCCAGCAGGACUUUAGAUCAGAAUGCAGGUGGUGAACCUGGUGAGGGAUGGAGGUUAGUUGGAGUCUCUCUGUGUGGAGGUGCACCGUGGGGUUUUACCCUCAGAGGAGGUCGAGAGCACGGCGAGCCGCUCAUCGUUACCAAGGUGGAAGAAGGCAGCAAGGCUGCUGCAGUGAGUCUUCAGGCAGGAGACGAGCUUUUAAACAUCAAUGACAUUUCUCUCAGCGGCUACAGGCAGGAGGCUAUCUGCCUAGUGAAGGGCUCCCACAAGACACUCACUCUGGUUGUGAAACGGAGGAUGAAAAUGGUGGAUAUUGUAGCACAGAAAAUGCCAUCAGAGAGUGACGUUCAUGUGGCCCGGAGCUUUCUUACGAAGAUAUUGCGAAGUUCAAUGAGGAGAAAUGAAUCAAUGAGCAGGCCUCACUCCUGGCACUCCACCAAAUUCAACGAGAGCCAAUCAGAAACUGGAAAGACACAGUCCACGCCCUCACCAGUGUGGCAAACAAGAUACGAUGCAAGUUCAUUGUCCUCUGACCUCACUACUGGCUGGGACCAGACAAAUCUGCGCAGAGUGUCAGAUCAGUUCAGUUCUUUGGGCAGUAUGGAGAGCUUAGAGCACGGCUCUCACCCCUAUCCACCUGGCCGCCUCUCUCCAAGCAAGUCUAAUGCCAACAGCAUCGAACAUUUAGGAGGUGGAAAAAGAGACUCUGCUUAUAGCUCCUUUUCAACUAGCUCAGGGACCCCAGAUUAUACAUUGUCCAAAAGCAACGCAGCUUCAACUGAGAAUAUGUUGUAUAAAGUAAGCCAGUGGGACUCAGGAAGUAGGCCUAGCAACAGCAGGCACAGUCAAAACCUAAAUGAGGGGGUGCAGCAGGAUGAUAGGAUUGGAUACCUACAGCUUCCUUCAGGGACCAAUGACCGAGAAAGUCCUAAAACAGUGGAGCAGCCAGGCUACCGCCAUUCUGGUUCUGGAAAGGCCAGCACUGGACCUGUUUGGCAUAUUCCAGACAUGAAGAAGACUAUGGCCCCUUCACCUCCACCGCCUACGCCACCAACACGCAGGGAUAGUUUCGCUGCUAUCAAGGUUCAUGAAAAGGGCCUGGUUCCCAGCUACCCUGAGGGUCCUGGUGUUCAUGUUCAGUCAAAGAUUCAUGUGAAAGGAGUAGACAGAGUAUCAGAGGUCUCUGACUGUACUCAAAAGAUUUACCAAGCCAGCGAAUCAGCCCUUGAAAGUUGUCAAAACUACAACCCUCCAACCAAAGGUGACACUGUUAAUUCAUACAAAGCAGCUGAGAGCUAUAAUCAAGAAGCUUACCAUCUAAAUUCAAACAAGACAUACUCGCUGUCCACCACUGAUGUCAGAGCAGGCCAUUCAUCCUACAUCCAUUUGCCACACCAUCAACGGCAGUACAGUGAUGAAAGCACUUUCCAUGCUCCGUCUAGGAUGUCUUCUAAGCCUCAGAACGUGAGUAGUUGCUACAGCAGCAUGCAAGAGUUACCUACCAACAGCCACAAUCUGCACUAUAGCCAGAAUCAGGUUAGGAGGCCUGUUGCAUCACUGUCCAGUACCACCAUUGACCAAAACGCUGACAUCCACAGUACCACCAGAUAUUACUGUGUCACGUCUCGACAACACCCUCCUGGGUUGUCGCAAGCCUCACUAGUGAGAGUGGAGGAUUGGAAGGCUAAUUCUGUUAUAGAUGUGUCCCAAAGUGGGCAUGACAGAAGCGCUCAAGGACUGCAGAAAGACAUGUAUACACCUCAAGUACCACUUCCCCUUUCAAAUAACAAAGACAUUAAUGGAUAUUACAGGCAGGUUGACAGCCAGCAUCGAACAUACCCAGCAGUCAAUACCCCUUUCCUUGAUGAUGCACCAGCAAAAGCUUCAGAGCUCUGUGGAAUCCAGAAACAAAGUGUUGUGACGAACUCAGACACCCAUUUUAUCAGUUAUCCCCCUAAGGAGGAAUCUGAGCAGGGAAGAAUUGCUGCACCUCUCCAGUUGAGGGAGUCCUCCCAGGAACAUUUACUGUCUAAUAGUGGUGCAGAUGUGUGUCCCCAAAACACCCCUUUGUUACACUCUCUGUCCCAAGAGAGCAGCAGAUUGAAUGAGAACAAAGAUGCGAUGGAAAGUGGAAGUUCACAACAGGAAUCAGUUGAUCCCCAGACCAUUAGGCAAGUACGACGUAGUGACCGAUUUGCGACCACUUUGAGAAAUGAGAUACAAAUGAGGAGAGCUCAGCUUCAGAAAAGUCGAAGUGCAGCAGCCUUGAGUGGUUCAUUGGAGACUGAAGAAGAGCCUUCUUUCUGGAAGCCCACAGAAAACUCCUCUUCCUCAUCUGAUGAUUCCUUCACUAGCUCUUAUAAGGAUCAUCUGAAGGAGGCCCAAGCACGGGUCCUUAAAGCUACUUCUUUCAGGAGGAGAGACUUGGAGCCAGUGCUGCUGGAGCACCCAGGAUCUGAAGAUCUAUCCUCUGUUUGGAAGGAUACGCCAUCCAUGCCAAGUGUUUCCGAGGUCCCACUGAGCAAAGCUACUUCAGGGGGUAACCAGGUGACCCGCAUAUGUGGCCGAAAGCGGUUUCCAGUAGAAAAGAAAGUACGGUCAUUGUCUGAGCCUGAUAAAAUUCAUGAGAUGGGUGUUGAUGAUGAGCCAGUUCCGCUAGAUAAUACUGUGUCUUUAGUUGGCAAGCGUAAAUUCUUUGAGGCAAAAGGAAAACCUGCGUACCAAAAGCCCUUACCAAAGCAAAAUCAACAAAUACCUGAUGAUCCAAGGUUGGCCAAGCCUGAAGGGAAGCCUCAGCCUUCACAAAGUGAUACAACCACAGGUGAUAGUAAUGUUAAGGCAACAGCUGCUGAGAACAGUCCUAAAGAAGGCCAGGAUGGCCCUAACUCAUUGCAUAGACUGGGCACUUUUGCAGAAUAUGAAGCCACAUGGAAAACACAGAGAAAAGUGGUGGAACCAAGGACGUCUGGAAGGUACCACUCAGCUGAUAACAUCCUUGAUCAAGCAGUGGAGCAACGGAAUAAACCUGCCUGUUUUCAUGAAAGGUCACGAUCCUCUCCUUCUGAAGACUUCUAUGGUCAGAGCAUCCUAGUACAGGGAAGAAAGUCAGCAGAAUUUCCUUCAUCUGAAAGAAAACUCUCUGAUCAUGACAACUCUGGCCCAAGUCAAAAUCUCUCUUCGUCUCUGUCUAUGGAGUACGGCAGCUGGUUCUUUGUGCCUGACAGGUUAAAUGAAAGAGGAUGCAAUGAUUUAGUAUCUAAGAAUCUAGAACCUCCACAAUCACUUUCAAUUGGAGGGGACCUGGAGAGAAAUCUCUGCUCAGACCCUCUACCAGCCCAUCAUAAAUCUCUGCCCAACUCUGCUUGCCCUCCUCUCUAUUUCCCUGACCACAGCAUCCUCCCUGAAACCUCCUCCUUCACCAAAACUAAGGGCUCGAUUUCUCCGAGACCUCCCCUGCCUUGCAAAUACCCUGAGGCCACGCCUCCUCUCCCCAGCUCUCAGGGCAAAGCCACUUCGCAUUCUCCUGUUAGAGAUACCACCUCCGCCCCUGUUCCCACCCAGGUUUUCUGGAAGGACCCAGAGUAUAACAAGGGUCCAAAAAGUGAGGAGGAGCAACAAUCAGAGAUCACACCUCCUGUCCCUCCUUCCCCUGCUGCUCCACCCAUCCACCAAGCCUCUGGCCUGACCCAGCCCACCAUGGAGGGACAGCGCUCCCCCUCGCCACAUUUUGCUCCCCAGAGACUGACUGACAAACCCCCGGUGUCUGUCUCCCUGCAGGAUGAAGCCUCUGGAAGGAUGGACAGGGUGACUGACGACAACACCACAGUGAAAAAGGUGCCCAUCAAGAUAGUCCACUCUGAAAGUAACACAGAGAAAGAAAGUCGACAGUAUCUUCACCCAAGCAGUGAGACGCCACCCAGCCCACAGGGGUCCACAGUCUCAUCUCUGUCCUGCUUGGCAACCCCAAAGCAGUCCUGCUCUCCAUUCUGCACAUAUACACGGCAAAGGGACCAGGAGGGAGAAGUCCGAGACAUCAUGGGCAAUCAGAAGGAGCAAGAACCUUACGCCGAUGUCACUGGGCCCCUGGAGCAGCACGGCGAGCAGAAAGACAAUGUGAAUCAGAGCAGUAAUGGUGUCUCUUCAAUUAACCUCGGUUCCUCCUCCUCCCCUUCUGAGGAGGAUGAGAAGAGAGAGGUGUUGGCUAGGGACAUCAUAGACAAAGAUAAGUCCCUGGCUGACAUUUUGGACCAGAGUAAAAUGAGGACUACCAUGGACCUAAUGGAAGGGAUUUUCCCCCAAGAAGAACAAUUGAUGGAGGAGGCUCACCAACGAAGGAGGGUUGCACCCAAACAGGCCUCGUCACGCAGCUCUGAAGACAGAAGGGAAGAGGAUAACAUGGCGGCAGUGUCAGCUCUAGUGACCAGCUCAGCUUAUUAUAGCACAUCUGCUCCCAAAGCUGAGCUUCUGAUCAAGAUGAAGGACAUGCAAGAGCAGAGUGUUGAGCUUGACUCAGAAGAGGAGCUGGAAGAGGACAAUGACAGUGACCUUGCAAGCAAGAAGCAUGAGCUGAUUGAGAGCCUUAGCAAGAAGCUGCAGGUGCUGCGGGAGGCUCGGGAGAGUCUGCAGGAGGACAUGCAGGACAACAACGCCCUGGGGGAAGAGGUGGAGGCCACCGUGCAGACAGUGUGCAAACCAAACGAGCUGGAGAAGUUCCGUAUGUUUGUGGGGGACCUGGACAAAGUUGUCAGUCUACUGCUGUCUUUGUCUGGACGUCUGGCCCGAGUGGAGAACGCCCUCAACAGCCUGGAGGAGGAUGCAUCACUUGAGGAGAGGCGCACGCUGACAGAGAAGCGUAAGCUGCUGAUCCGCCAGCAUGAGGACGCCAAGGAGCUGAAGGAGAACCUGGACCGCCGCGAGCGUGUGGUUUAUGACAUCCUGGCCAGCUGUCUUCAGGAGGAAAGCCUAGCCGACUAUAAGCACUUUGUUAAGAUGAAGUCGGCCCUCAUCAUUGAGCAGCGCAAACUGGAAGACAAGAUCAAACUUGGUGAGGAGCAGCUCAAGUGUCUGAUGGACAGUUUGCCUCCAGACCAGAGGAUGCCUACCUGAGGACUGGUCCUGACCACACCACUGAGGGAUGAUCUUGCCUGACAGGGUGCCACAAUAGCACUAUGUUGUUGAGUGCUGUCGAAGUGAUUUCUGGCCAUAUUUCAAAGACUCUUUGCCUGCAACUGGAACAGAUGUGGUUGUUAUUAGACUCUCUCCUAUUGCUGAGACCCUGAUGGUGCUGGGCGCUUUCAGAAUAGUCUUAAUGAGCAUUUCUGAACACAAUAUGAACACAGCUGUAUCACUUUUUGGAUGUUUUUGGACCUCUCCCAGCAGAGCUCUACAUGGGCUGCAUCUUCAACACUCUAUAAUAUGUGAUUUUGAAAAAUUGUACUGGAAGAUCAGAAAGCGCUUACUGUAACUUGCUCUGACCGUGUUAAUACCUUUGUCCUGUUAAUAUGGUGUUCUUUUUUUCUCAUUCUUACUAGAGCAGUCCAGUCCAUAUUAAUCACAAGUAUCUCUUUCUUAUUGCUGUUUUGCUGUUUAGCCACCAGUGGGCGAUCAAAGAUGAUUCUUUGAGUCUUCCUUGCGUCUGCCCGUUGCGCAAACCACUUUUCUCCCUAGCACAAACUUAGAGGACUUAAAUGUUACCAUUUACAGCUUAUAUUCAUGACAUUUUCUUCUUUGUUUCACUCUUUCAGUAUAAAAUUCCAGUGAAACAUGUAUUUCAGGAGGUUACAACUUCCAAACCUGGUUUUUAUGAUGGUGCAUUAUUAUAUAUGGCAUCAUUCUCUGUAUAUGUCAUGCUGAAAAUAAUUCCAUGUUGUUUUAGUAAUUUAUUGUAGGCUUUUAAAUGUGUAAAUACAACUAGAAAAGGCUAGUAUUUUACUCUUUCACUUGAUCUUAGCCAAGUAAACUCUCCAUUUAGCCUACAUGCUUUUUUUAUAGAAAUAUAUCUUCACACUAUGAAGUGUAACAUUGAAAUUAGAGCUGCCUCAACGUAUUACUUUGUUUAAGGUAUCUGAGCAAUACAUGAUUUUCAUUGAGGAUUGAAUGCUUGUCUAUAAAGUACUGGCUGCCUUUUGCUCA